AUGUCCACGCUGGCAGCGGAUGUCAUGUUCGACUUCAACUUCCCUUCCUGCGAACCGGCCACCCCGCCGAGCUUCACCUUUGACCCUUCUCUCCUCGAGAUCCCGUACCACCCGGGACAUGCUCGCUCAAGUUCGCAUGGCUCUGUCUACUCCUUCGAGUCGUCGCCCUCCGACUCUCUCCAGACCACGAGCACGCGCACCACGACGCCUGCCCGCUCCCCCAUCCGCACUCACGGCCCCCUUCUCCUGCCCAAGAUCCGCACCCAGGACCAGGCCAUCGUCCCUUCGCCACCCAAGCGCCUGCGCACAACCCCGCCGCCCGUCGCCUCCAAGCCAGCUUUCCGUCCCUCCCACCAGCGCAGCAUGACCAACCCUGAGAUCAGCCGCUCCGCCGCUUUCUCCUUCAGCUCCCAGCUCUCAGACGACUCCAACUCGAGCACGCCCACUCUGCUGUGCUCUCCUGUCAGCUUUGCUCCUCAGCACGACGGCUUCAACGACCACUCCCGUCGUGCGUCGUCAUGCAGCCUGGACAACGUCGCCCUGGAAAAGUACGGCUUCCCUACGUACCGAGCCAUGCCCGCCUUCGUCUCGGGCCCCGCGGCCACCACCGCCAUCCCCACGGCGACCCUCCAAGCCGGCAUGUGCCAGCCCGAUAACUUCAUGUACCAAGCCUACGUGCCGCGCGCCCCGUCUCCCCUGGCGGCCGCCGCUACCAUCACGCCCGAGCCGCCGGCAAGCACCACCCUCAUGUCGUACCUGACCACCGCCAACCCUGCUCCCUCCCUGGUGCGCUCCAUCUCCUUCCCCAUGCGCAACCCCAACACCAAGCACUUCUGGUGGGACGUUCGCCAGAUCCGCCCGUGGACCUCCUUCACCACCUCGGCCAUCCUCUCCCUGCCCGGCGCUGCCGGCCUCCUCUCGUGCCCCGUCCCGGAGCCGCUGCUGCCCAACUUUGCCACCGGCCAGCGCCACCCGGAGACCGAGGCCGCCCUGCACUCCAUCUACGCCAACUUCUACGUGCCCAAGCUCAACGCCGCCCUGGCCCUGUCGUCCACGCGGCCCCUGCAGCUCUCCGUGCCCUCCAAGAACCCCAACUCUGCGUCCGCCGCCGGUGCCGGUGCCGCAGGCGCCGCGGACAACGUGUUCGUCGCCAACCUCUCGGGCGAGUCCUCGUUCGCGGCGGCCAUCUUUGGCGGCAAGCCGACGGCGCGCGUCGUGGGGCUGGUCAAGAGCUUCGACCGCUUCAACACGGGCAUGCGCGUCGAGGGCAACGUCAAGCGCGUCGAGUACCUGCGCGGCCUGGCGCACCUGCACCACGCCAUGCGCGAGCACGGCUGCCGGUACGGCUUCAUCCUGACCGAGAUCGAGCUCGUCUUUGUGCGCAACGGCGACGAGUCGACGCCGCACUUUGGCUUCCUCGAGGUCGGCAGCGUGCAGCUCGCCGCCGCCGCCGCCGCCCCCGAGGAUCACGAUGGGCAGGAGCAGCAGCACCAGCAGCAGGAGGAGGCGGGCGACCAGCCGAUGACGGCGUGCCUGGCCCUCUGGGCGCUGUGCAUGCUCGCCGGCGACGAGCCGCUGCGGGGCCACGCGCACUGGCGCGCCGAGAUCGGGGCGCCGGCCGAGGGCACGCGGCGCAAGGCGCUGCCGCGCGACGGCUGGAUGCCGCAGCCCCAGCUCGCCGAGAAGAGGGAGGCCAAGCGCUCGCGGGGCUGGGUCUGGCCCGAGGACCCCGUCGGCCGCAAGGAGCUCGGCAAGAGGGGCGUCAAGUACGGCGGCUGCUGA